AUACAAAUAAGAAACAACUCUCUCUUAGAGGACACAGUACUCUUCGCUUGGGCCUCGUGUCGUAAAUGGCUUGGGUACAAGAGCAGUCAAAAGUAUGUCAAUGAACCAUUAUAAGUUGUAAAUAAUAAUAGGAGUUGUUUAUUGUGGCCAGCCCUGGCCCAGCGGCGCGCUAUCGCGGGUGGCCGGGGUCGAGCUCCGCGAUAGCAGCGCAUCUCCAGUCCCCAAACGUUACUGCCAACAUGAGGUUGCUCAAUCUUGUACUUUUUGUGAUUUCUUUUCACGUCGCUCAUUUCACUGAACCGUGGUGUGAGAUCGAGCUGUCAUGCGCGGCGUGCGUCCCGGAGGCCAUGCCGCGCGUGUCGGGCGCGGCGGCGGCGGGCGGCGCACUGCGGGCCGCGCCGGGCGCCGAGCUGGGCCUGGCGUGCGGCGGCGGCGCCUUCCUGGCCUACCCGGCGCGCGCGGCCCUGCGCGUGCGCUGCGAGGCGGGCCGCUACCGCGUGCUGCACGACCAGCAGCUGCGACACCUGCUCGACCUCGGCUGCCAGGAGAGCGUCUUCGAGGAUGUCUUGCACCAGGUUGAAAAUUGUGGAUCACCGCUACAAGGGCGAGCGUAUCAAGUGCGCGAGUCUAACUCCCGAGCACUCCACUUGGCAACAGUUUGUUUUGACGAAGACCGGGCCAUCGCGGUCUGGCUUCACAUGAGCAACGCCGAGCACAACCAGCUGGAGCUGGCGCCGCACGACGAGCACUCGGCGCCGCUCAGCCUGCUCGGCAAUUUCAAUCAUAUGUUCGACGCCAAGACUAGGCGCGACUCCGAGCGUUUGUUUUCCGACGACGCACACAUGAAUAAGCGUCUACACGAAAUGUUCAAGCAUGACCAUUAUUCGUUCGCGGGUCAGAGCCUCACGUCCGCCAAGUUAUUGAGCAGCCACUACUUCGACGAGCAGAACAUGCAAGUGACAGACUUCGCGUCGAAUAAAGUGAUCGCGUGGAAGAGCGUGGUGGAGGGCAACCUGCGGCACGUGCAGCGCGACGUGAGCGCGCUACUGGCGAGGGCGGCGCGCGGCUCGCUGCGCGUGUGGGCGGGCGCGCGCGGGCAGGCGGCGCUGCGGGCGGGCGGGGCGCGCGUCCCGCUGGCGCUGCGCGGCGCCGGGCGCGCCCCCGCGCCGCGCUACGUGUGGACCGUGCUGCACGCGCCGCAGCGGCGCCGCGCGCUGGCGCUGGUGGUGCUCAACGACCCGUUCGUGGCGGUGAGCGAGAUCCGCGACGCCGUGUUCUGCGAGAGCGCGUGCGGCUCCGUGUCGUGGCUGCGGGAGCUGCGCCGCGACCGCCACUACGAGAGCCCCGUGUACGGCCUCACGUUCUGCUGCAGCUUGGCCAACUUCACCGACGUCGUCACUGAACUACCCAGAGAUGCCAUCGACGUGCCAGCCGGCAGGGAGGGCAUGCUCACAGAUCUAUGAACUGUGUAAUGUUGCCCUAGUGAAUAUUAAAAGGUAUUAUGUGUUUAACCCAGUUUACGAAAUAAUAAGCAAAAUUCAUUUUGUAA